CUAGGAUCUCAUCCAUCAUUAAACCAAAUAGGAGAAACUCCCAUUCAACUGAAUGUUUGUUAUGAUGACUGUAAACAAACAACAACAAUUAUGGUCAGAAAGUGUGCCGGUACAAUGCAUUAUCAACUGACACGAAUACCCGUGAAGGAAAAUGCGUACUGCUUUGAUCCUCCAGAAUUACAAAAUAUCACAGAAUUUGAACCGGUGCCAGAGGUUGAAGACUUCACUCUGAAUGUUAGCGUAGAAUUACAUUUCCAAAUCACAUAUCUAAAUGAGCCAAAUAAACUCGUAACAAGUUAUGAUCCGUACUUGACCUUCAAUUGUACUAUCGACAGAUACCUCUCAAAACAGUUAUUCUAUACUACGUACUGGUACAUUGGAUCAAAGUUAUUUAUAGCUUUAGGACCAUCGAACGAAGUUCAGAACCUGACAGAGCAAAUGCUGAAUGCCAGAAAGCAAAAGCUUAAUGUUCAUAUAAGCUGUGGUAUAAAGAUAUCAAGUACAGAGACUGGCCUUAUGACGAAACUGACAAAAAGUGACGAAAAGUUUUUCGGAAUAAAGGUUAAAAAUCCAGUUAUAAACUUAAAAAAGGGAGAAGAUAGUUAUGUUGAAUUGGAGCCAACUGCUCCUAUCGGUUGCAGAUACUCAGAUAGACAUGGUACACCAAAAGCGUGUAAUCACUCUGUUUAUUUAGUUCAUCCCGAAACAGAAGGAUGUGACUUAAAAGAUAUUAUAAACAUACAAACAGUAAAAAGAUGCGGAAGUUUUCUUAAGGCACAUACUUUUAACGAAACGUGGGAAGGUGGAGUUGUAGACAAAUUCCAAAUUACUACGGUCGAUAAAAACUUUGCUGAUGGUCAUCAGUUCCGUUUACCAUUUCAGCUAGAUGAUCAUUUUCAUAAAAUUUGGAACGAACAUUUGAUUGAUGAAGUUAUGGUUUUUGUAACUCAUAAUAACGAUUACAAGUUCAAGCAAUGUUACUCUCAUGUAGAUCCUCAUAUGCAAACGGCUGAUGGAUAUAAAUAUGAAAAUCAGUAUGAAGGAGAAUUUGUUCUAUAUCGAAACUUCAAAUACGGUAUUGAGGUCCAGGAGAAGACAACUCUUUGUAACAAAGGGAGGGCGUACUGCGCAUGUGCCGUAGCUGUUCGGGCAGGAGGAGACAUUUUCUUAAUUAACACAUGCGGUGGACUGAAGUUUAUCGGAUUUACGUCUUGUAAUGAUGGUGGCAUUUUAGAUAUUAAAAAACGCACAAGCCUUCGAUAUCAGGUAUUUACUCCGAUUGGAACAUACAUCGACAUUCAGAUGCGCCCACAUCCUAGCUAUUAUGAUUUGAUGAAUAUAGAUGUUUAUAUGGCUGCUAAAGAUAUAAAUCAGACUGAAGGUUUAUGUGGCUUUUUUGAUAAUAACCACAACAACGACUUACGAAAGAGGGAUAGGCACAGUUUUAUUCAGACAAAAAAUAGUAAAAGAAACUAUCAUCCGGAUUUCUCACAAGAGUGGAGACUACAACCGUUUGAACACAAUUACCUAGUGCUUUCACCUGAUGAUGUGCAGUCAUGGCAAGCAGAACAAAGGGAUAUGUUUUGUUAUUGUAAUAAGUCUCUUCACAAUAACAGUGACGCUGAUUCGAGCAGGGAAUCUUCUGCAGUUUGCUCAGCAUCUAUCUAUGGUAAUUGCGCCCAAAGUAAAUAUAAACAUACGCACGACUUAUGUGAGAACACCAACCGAAGAUUGCGUCGCUCUUUACCUGGAUUCAUCAGGGAACGUGAAAUGAAAAGACGCCAACAACUUGUGAAUAAAGGAAGGAAAAAUAUUUCAAAGCGAAAUGCAAUAAAUCAGGAAAAAAUAACAGAGGAAUAUGCAGUUCAACAUUGUUCCGACAUCAUUACUUCUCAGAAAUCAGUAAAGCAGUUCAGCCAUCGUUUAAAAAGUAUAGAUCCACAACAACUCAUAACGGACUGCACCUAUGAUAUAAUGGAAGACAACGAUCUGAGCUGGGCUGAUGUCUAUCCUGGCGUACUUAACCAAGUGAUUGAAGUAUACAAUGAUCGUGACCCAGAGUAUGUUAAAGCUAACAAGGAAGAAGUUGCCGAAUUUACGUCCCAAUCAUGUCCUUUAAAUUGCAGUGGUCGAGGAAUUUGUUCAAGUGAAGGCGAUUGCUUGUGUACAGUUGGAUAUCAUGGAUCAGAUUGUGGAAUCAGAGAAGACGAUCUAAUAGAUAUUGAUGACAUCGAGGGUGGUGGAGUAUGUGAUGUUAUCUAUGGCGACGAUUGUCAAUGUUUUCAUAUUCAAACCAUAAACCUCCUUGAAGACUUCCGUUGUCAGAUUUCCGAAAUUUCGGUCAUGGUUAAUGGUUCACAAAAGCUAGUCAGUACCAUGCAAAGUCCGGGAAAUUAUGAUGAUAUAUUCAACGGUGAAUGCUGUGCACCACUGUCUAGAACAAAGCGGUCGGAGGAUGCAAGUGAUAUUUUUGCUACUGAACUUGAAUUUUCAAUUAGUAACAAUGGCAGAGACUUUGGUAUUGCUACGAAGAUAUACGUUCUUGAUUCGACCUGCCAGGAGCUUAUCAUUGUUGAUAACGGAACAUUCGUGGCGUUAAAGGAACAAACUUGCUUCAUUUCGGGAAUCUGCAGGAUCCAGAAUGAAACACGGUUUGGUGCUGAAUGCAGUGUUUGCCUGUCAGAGCAUAACAAAUUUGACUGGACAGAAACUUGUGAGGCCCCACGCAAGUUUGAAGGGCUGACUUUACAGUUUAUUCUUGGUCUCUGUGGCGGAUUAUCUGUUGCCUUAGUGUGCAUCAUUUUGUUCUGCAUUUUGAAAAAUUAUCGAGGAAAAUAUAAAAUCUCUGUUGCAGAAUACAUCAUAUAUAAAACAGAGCCACCGAAGGAAAUGGAUUAUAGAUAUCCCCGCCCAAAUCUGAACAUUUUUAGAGCGAAGAAUUCAGAAGGAAACUAGACUUUGAAAAUUGUUCAUGCGUUUGGACAAU